AUGCCGAUCGCCUCUGCAAUCACCAUGAGAGCAUCCGAAGAGUACCUCAAGCCCGUUCUUGUGGACCCCUCGGAGUCUCAAGCUCUGCACCUUAAAGAUACUAUUCCAUCUGAUACGGUACUAGAAGGAGGGAGACGGGAUGGCGCAGAAAUAGAAGCAAAGUAUGAGGUUGUGGACGAAGAACGAGACGAAGAGGAUGAACCGGACGAUAUAGCCCCGGCCGAGAAGGAAGAAGCUGGGGACCUCGACUUUGAGUCCAUCAGUGCUUUUAUAUUGAACAGUUCUGCCUUCGCAAGCUUCGAAGCUCGUCGCUAG